AUGCCUUUUCAAAUAAGGCAGCGUUUUAUUAACGAGAUAAUCACUCAUGCGUUGAAACUCUGCUUGAACUGCUACGGAAACUACGUGGUACAGUAUGUCGUGGAGCUGGAAAACCAACAGGUGACAGAAGCGCUCGUGGUACAGCUGUUAGGGAGCUAUGCAUACCUCGCCCGUAACAAAUAUGGAAGUCAUGCUGUCCAGAAGUUGCUGCAGCUAAAGAGUAUCAACACUAGGUUGAUCGUAAAUGACUUGGUUCAAGAGAUUGAUACACUUCUUCUCGACCCGUUUGGGAACUAUGUCAUUCAAACCGCAUGGUUUGUCUCUAAGGAUGAUGUGCGCCAAAUGUUGAGGUGGCAUAUUGAGCGUAAUAUUCGGUUGAUGAGGUGUAACAAGUUUGGGAACAAGAUUCUGGAGAGGCUCAAUAUCUAGAGGAGAGAGGAGGAGCCCCAUUGGUAGAAAAGAGAAACAAUGUUGUUUGGUGUUUGUUAGUUGGCUUUGGUGUUGUUAGCUUUCUCUGUUUUGAUUGAUUCAGAUUUUGUGUUGUUGCUGGUUACUAGUAUUUGAUUAGCCGUUGUUGAUGUUUUCUAGGUGAGAGUGUUCUCUGUGGGUGUUUUCUUUUACUUUAACGUUUUGUUAAAUCAUAGGAUAAUUGUUAGACACAGCACCAAAAAACACACACCAUGUCUUGUCUGUUUGAGAUUUAUGUGUGUUUUGUGUUGUGUUCUGAACUUUUUCUCUAUGUAAAACUCUGAACUAUUCUUUAUUUUAGAGU